UGUGCCAGCAAACUCUGAUAUGUAUUCCUAAAGUACUAGAUACAGCAGUUGACGUCCGUAAUAUUGUCAAUUGUUAAUAUUUGACACCGUUUACAAAUGACUAAUGAUGUAUCUAAAAAGAAGGGGAAGAGUUCAGGUGAGAAAAAGGGCAAAAGAAAGGCCAAAAGAAGAGAGACUUACGCGAUGUACAUCUAUAAAGUUUUGAAGCAGGUUCAUCCGGACACGGGGAUUUCAAGCAGAGCCAUGAGCAUCAUGAACUCCUUUGUGAACGACCUGUUUGAGAGGAUUGCCACAGAAGCGUCCCGGCUGGCUCAGUACAAUAAACGCUCCACAAUCACCAGCAGAGAGGUGCAAACCGCAGUGAGACUGCUGCUGCCCGGGGAGCUGGCGAAACACGCCGUGUCAGAGGGAACCAAAGCUGUCACCAAGUACACCAGCUCCAAAUGAAGACCGCAACACACUCGGAAGUUGUUGUAACAAAGAUAUCAAACUUGUGCAUCCGUGCUUGUGUAACCUGAUUGAGUUCAAUAAACAUAAGCACAAAAAGUCGAUUUAUGUUCUAGUUUUGUAUCCCCUUUACUGUUUUAAUUUAGGUAGGGUAAAUCAUUAAAGUGUCAGUCUUAA